AUGUCGGUCCUUCAGAGGUUGCAGAAGCUGUCAGAGUUGCAUUGCAUGCUCCUCGCCGUCCAAUAUGCUACCGAAUCGAACAUCGACGCUCUACGAGCAUUGACAGCGCUGCGCGAACCCGACCUGUCACUAGGCCUGAUGCUGAACAUUCUCCUCACAUACCUGCCAGAAGGAGCCGAGCCGAAGACAUACGUUGAGUACCUGAACGAGCUUGUGACCAACGCGCGGCAUCCUGGCGACGACCCCGCGGCCCAUUUGGACAUUGCUGCGGUCGAGGCACUGUCCAAACCACAGGCCAAGAAGCGAAGAAAAGAAAUAGAUCUCUUGCCGCUUGUGCACCCCCAGUACGAUGCAGAGCUCGAGCUCGACUCCGUCACCCACUUCCUGAUUCACCGCGCGCAUCGCAUCGACGCCCAAACUGGCCUGCUCGAUCUCGUGCCUCAGCUCAUCGUGUCAUUCCUCGGCCACUCCGAGUACCUCCGUACGUGGUUCAUAUCGACCGUUCUGCCGUUGCUGCGCGUCAGCUACGAAUACUACCCACAGAGUGGUAAAUUAUCCUUGGACGAGUUCGCUGCAUUGAGGGGAAAGCGCGCGAUAGACUUUCAUUUCUCGAACCUUCGCGCCUCAAGGAAGACAGGAGCAGACACACAAAAUGCGGCACGAGACCUCAGAGGCAUCGUCUCGCCAUGGAUAUGCGGAGCCAACGACCGAAAGAGACGAAAGAUCUCGAGCGGCAACCGCAGGGCAUCAACAGCAGGAGAGUCCACAAAAGAGUCAGACGACUGGGACUGCUUGUUCCAGUGGCUCUUGCGCACUUCAAAGGACGACCUGCCUCUGGUCACUGCAGCUAUUACUGAGUGGGACGGGCCCGAGGACAUGGAUCUAGGUGGCUUUGAAGAAGGCCGUGAUUACGUGGAUGAGGAAACACAACGUCGCUUGGAGAUCAAGUACGCGCAGACAGCGCUCUCGUGCCUAUACAUGGUCGAUGCGAGCGAUGUUGGAUCACUGCAAACAGCUCAUACCCUGCUCACGCGGGUAUGCGACCUUCUGCAUUACGAUCCACCACCAGACCUCAACAUCGGUGUGGAGUCGCUGCCAGCAUACGAUCUCAGAAUUCCGAUCCUGCAAGACGCCACGUCCUCCCUGAUCCAAGAGGAUCGCCUCCUCGAAUCUGACAACGACAUCACGAAACCGGAGCAAGGAACCUUCCGGAUAAUCGAGCUUAUCCUCUUCUCAGCAUGUGUCUUAUCGAGCUUACAGCACCCCGCUUCUCCUCGGGCAGUCGCCAAGAUGUCUUUACAGGAUGACUAUUCCGGGCAAUCUUUGCUGCUCCAGAAAGUGCUGCACACCCUGACGAGCGGCCCAAAGAAGGACAGCGAUCAAUGGCGGACCAUCAGAUCUAAACUACUCUGGUUGUGGAACUGGGGAACGGAUGCUCACGACAACGAUCGUCACGGUCAAGGCAUCUUCGGCAUGCUUGAGAAAACGACGAUCGAAACGGAUAUCCUGAAAUCACUCAUCGAGGGCAACCACUUCCCACUUGCAGUGCAAAUUUACAUCAAGCCAGCGUUCAGUGAAACCCCUCUUCUGCUUUCUGAAGUAGAGAAGGUUGUACUUUCGGCCGCUUUGCAUCACUACGACAAUGCUAGCAACGGCAACCGCAACAGAGGUGGCAUGAAACGCUGCACGGAGAUCGUUGCUGCAUUUGCUCCUCACUUCCCUGAAUCUUCACGCUUUCAACGAAUACAUGCAUUGCUCUCAGCGACGCAUGCAAUGUCCUUUUACUCGUUGAUGCUUCAGCACGGCGUACCUUUUCAGCCCGUCAGCAUCAGGGUCAGCUCUGAUCCUCUAUCGCUCAUACAAAAACUACUUUCGCAGAACUUCGGCAGUUACACCAAACUGGAUGAUUUAAUCUCGAUAGGUCAGAACCUGGUUGUGUCGAUGCCAUCGACCAUCAUGGACGAUACCAAAGACGCCGGCCCGCUCGAUGCGAUAACAGUCGAAAACAAGAAAGCGGCUGCUGAACGUCGGGUGAUUGGCAUGGCUAUUGAUGCUUCCUUAGAGGAAGGCGACUUCGAGACAGCAUAUUCUUACGUUGUGAACCGCCUGACUCCAUCUGCGACACAGUCACCAGCCGCUUCGACAUCGUCACAGCGCUUCUCAUUCGAUUCCAAUGCCUCCGCAAAGCAAUUCGUUGAUGCAGAAGAUGUCGCCUGGCGUGCAGCCCUUCGUGCCGGCCGCUACAGCCCUCCACUAUCUUCGUCUACAACCUGGUCCCAUGCAACGGCUGCACGACCCGAUAUACGCCGACUUGAGCAACGAAUGGAGCUGCUGUCACAGGCUCUUCUUCUAGCCCCACCGAAUCAUCUCGAAGAAGUGCUCAACGUAUGGCAGCAAUGCGAAACCGAGAUGACCGAGUUUCUCGCGCAAGAGGGCGAGGCCGAAGAGCGCUUUAACGACGCCGCCGACCGAAAGCUACCUGGCGCUUUCGACAUGGGAGCAAUUCCUACAGUACAGCCGCGUCGCGAAGUCGGACGAGGGGCCGUUGAGGAGUCUCCUAUGGGUUUGUUCGAUGUGGCCCGAGGCGCAGCCGCUGCUUUCUCCAAGAGCGCGUUCCCGCUACGUAGUAACACGCAGGCUUCAUCGAGGCCCGAAUCGCGAAAUGCCGCCCGUGUCAGCAUGGACCUGAGCGACUCAGAUAGCAUGCAUGGGCACGAAGAGCGCGUCAGGACAAGGGAUCUGCUCGCCAACACGGCUUCCGGCGCGCUGCAGUCGGGUCUCGGCUGGGUAUUGGGUGCCAAAUCAACGAACGACCAGAAUAGAUAG